GCAAAAACCUUUAUCGUCGCUUUCACUGUGGGCUUCAGCUACUCCCUCCACCGAAAGCGGUAAUCAAUCUGGAAACCGCAAUGGCGUCAACGUUUCGAUAUUGAAGCGGUAGGGAGAAAACUGAAUCUCUCACUUAUUGGACUGGCCCUAUUUCUUAAUGGGUCAUGGACAAAUCUGGUCCAGAACCGCCAUUCUGGCUAAUGAGGAGUUAAAGCUUGAAAGGUACAUGGAUCCCCAACAACAAGGGUUCACCCUACUCAAGCCGCCUACUUACACCAAGGUGAAAGGCAUUUGUGGCAGCUACCCUUUUUUUGCGAAAAUGAUUAUGCAUUCGUCUUCAUGUGAUGAGAUUUUGAUUUCUUCGAACAUUUUGGGUGAUUAAAUUAGGAGGAAAAGGCAGGAGCAACUGUUCUGUUUGAGGAGAUGAAGAAAGCAAGCAACAAUGUUGGGGUUGUGGUGAACCCAGUUCGUCUUAAUACCCUUACUGAGUUUGGGACUCCUGAAUUUGUUGCUGACAAGCUUAUACAAGGGGAAAAGCGCAAGGUAAAUGUGGAAUCUGGCAUUGUGUUUGUUUACAGGGUUGGUGUCUUGACAGAGUCCAUGGAUGUCAGUUGAAGUUUGUUAUUUUGCAUUGCGUAUCUUGUACAUUGCUUAAUUACUUGAGCUUUGGCCUAUUGCAGUUGAAACUAACUAGUCUCUUAGGCAAUGCUGCUCUGGUUUAGCUUCAGCUUUCCCUAUCUCAUGGAUCCCAUAGUUGUAGGUAAAUGUUGUCACAUCGAGAAUGAGGGUUAGUGUUCUGAAAUAUUGGGCAUAGAAUCAUGGAGUUCUGACGGUAAAUAGGGGAAAUGUUGGUACUUGCUAGCUGUUGCAUUGUCAGGUGUAUGAAGUUGAACAAAUCUAACAUGAUGUACAUGAGAGUACAAAGGAGGCAGAGGUGAUUUGGGCGAGGGAACGAUCUGGGCGUGGAGGCCUACAGUAUGUGAAUUUGAGUAUAAAGUUGACAGCACUAGAGGAGGGAUUAAGAGGAUCUUUCUGGCUUCAUUCGUGUCCUAUAAGAAGCUUUACCUCUUAAAUUUUGUACAUUCCGAAAACCCAGAGAACCCAAUUGAUGGUGAGCAGUUCGAGAGGAGGGAUUAAGAGGAUUCUUCAUUCAUUUAGCAUAGCAGCACCUGUGACAUAACUCAGUACUUUUCAUCAUUGAAACAAAAUCUUUUAGUUAUGCAUUCUUUGGGUUCAAUCUUGGCAUUCACAGUGAGAUAGGUUUAUUUUUUACUACUAACGAAUUUGUGAAUUCAACUUACAGAAAGGAGUUCAAGUGACUUGUUUUUCCCCUUGCUCUGAAGAAGUAAGUUUAUACUAUUAGAAUUUGGGCUUUGGGAACACAGGAAGUGAGGAAUAACCAGAAGGUUCCCUGUUACGAACUGUGUUAUCCUCAAAACCUCCUCUUGCUAGACUGAGGCUUGCAGUUACAUGGCUGAAUGUGCAAGGAAACGGUAAUGGCUUUCCAAGAUGUGUUGAUGAGGAUGCCAGAGGACUGUUCUUCUCUUUUUAAUUUUUCCAGAUGAAAAGAUGUCAAAGGGGCUUCUUACUGUUCCAAAUAGACCCUCCUACAGCUAUAUAUAAACGUUGGUUUAUAAAAAAUACGCAAGAAAAGCACUUCUGAGUUGUUUAAGGGCCACAUUGCAGUUGCAGACGCUGCUAGUAUCUGUUUCAUUUCCCAUGUUACCAACUCCCAAGUGUCUUGAAUGAAGCCCAAGUCAACCCUCAUCCUGAAAUUCAGAAGAGGUACAGUAAUGUUUCUCAAGUUUCUUUUAUUUGUAUUUUAUUUCAGAAUGCGUGAGAAAAUGUCCAGAACACGCACCUAUUUGCUGCUGUAUAGGCAGAGGUGGGAAUCCCCACAAAGAAAAUUCAAACCAUCUGCCGCAGCCAUUGACUUUUACAAGUUUGGACUACAUCUAUAAAUAUUUACUCAGUCAACCUCCCAUCACUUUUUGGAUCGUUAAAUAGAAACCCGGAUCAUAAUACAUGCUUUAGAGCCUGCUCUUCUUCCACUGGAUAUGAUUCCGCGUUGAUGCAUAUCCUUAUACACCAAUAACGUUGCCAAUCCCAUUGAGCAAAAGCAAGCUCCAGGGCUCAUGGAGAUUGAAGAAAUGGAUUCUGGUGAGAAGCGGCUCAACGAGCUGGGGUACAAACAAGAGCUAAGAAGACAAAUGACUUUGUUCAAAACUCUUGCCAUAUCAUUUUCAACCAUGACGCUCUUCACUGGGAUCACUCCCUUGUACGGUUCAAGCCUUUUGUAUGCAGGCCCUGCAACUCUGGUGUGGGGAUGGGUGGUCGUCUCAUUCUUCACCUGGUUUGUAGGCAUUGCCAUGGCUGAGAUUUGUUCAUCCUUUCCUACGACUGGUUCUCUUUAUUUCUGGGCUGCUCAUUUGGCUGGUCCAAGAUGGGGACCUUUUGCAUCCUGGUGCUGUGCUUGGCUCGAGACCAUAGGACUUGUUGCAGGCAUAGGUACUCAGGCAUACGCAGGGUCGCAAACGCUGCAGAGUAUCAUAUUAUUAUGCACAGGAACAAACAAAGGUGGAGGAUACUUUGCUCCUAAAUGGCUCUUCUUGUGCAUGUACGUGGGUCUCACUCUGAUAUGGGCUUUCCUCAACACUUUUGCCCUGGAAGUCAUUGCCUUUAUUGACAUCAUCUCCAUAUGGUGGCAGGUGAUUGGCGGAUUGGUAAUUGUUAUACUACUUCCACUGGUGGCAACAACCACACAGUCUGCUUCUUAUGUGUUUACGCAUUUUGAAGUGGGAUCAGAGUCAACUGGAAUAUCAAGCAAACCUUAUGCAGUCGUUCUGUCUUUCCUUGUUAGUCAGUACUCUCUGUACGGAUAUGAUGCAGCAGCCCAUCUAACUGAAGAAACCAAAGGCGCUGAUAAAAAUGGUCCAAUAGCAAUUCUGUCCAGCAUUGGUAUCAUAUCGGUAUUUGGAUGGGCUUAUAUCUUGGCUCUCACUUUCAGCAUCCAGGAUUUCAGUUACUUGUAUGAUCCGAGUAAUGAGACUGCAGGAGCAUUUGUACCGGCGCAAAUACUAUACGAUGCAUUCCAUGGGAGGUAUCAGAACUCUACAGGAGCAAUUGUGCUGUUGUUUGUGAUUUGGGGUUCAUUCUUCUUUGGUGGCCUCUCAAUAACUACUAGCGCAGCUAGAGUGGUGUAUGCUUUAUCAAGAGACCAAGGUAUCCCAUUCUCAUCCAUAUGGCGUAAAAUCCAUCCGAAGCACAAAGUUCCCUCCAACGCGGUGUGGCUCUGCGCAGCCAUCUGCAUUCUUCUCGGGCUCCCAAUACUGAAAGUGAAUGUUGUCUUCACGGCCAUAACUUCUAUAUGCACGAUCGGGUGGGUUGGUGGAUAUGCAGUCCCAAUAUUUGCAAGAAUGGUGAUGGAUGAGAAGGACUUCAAAGCAGGGCCAUUCUACUUGGGGAAAGCUAGAAGGCCCAUCUGCUUUGUUGCCUUCACCUGGAUUUGCUAUACUUGCUGUGUGUUCCUGCUGCCUACUUUGUACCCAAUUUCUUGGGACACUUUCAACUAUGCACCAGUGGCACUAGGAAUUGGUCUAGGUUUAAUAAUGCUGUGGUGGGUGUUGGAUGCUAGGAAAUGGUUCAAAGGGCCUGUGAGGAAUAUUGAUCCCCCAAAUGGUAAGGUUUGAAUUUUUUACUGCAGCUCCAGCUUCAUGUUUCCUGUAUAUUAUACAAUUGACCCUAUAGGAGUGAUUUUCAUUUCUGUUCUCAUUGCUGCUCCAAGCAGUGUGCGUUUAUGCUUCUUCAAGUGACCUGAGCCAAGUAAUUAGAGAAACUCAAAAAGAGCAACUCUCUUCUGGCUAAAACACUA